CUUUGUCCUUAGUUGUUUCCUAUGCAUACAGUAAUAGUGAUGUUGAAGCAUUGCAAAUAGCAUACAACCGUAUACAGUCAAUGGAAGAUACUGACGAACACAAAAGUGAUAAGGCAACGGAGCAUACAAACACGGCCCUCGAAGAUAUCCCAAACUCAAAUGAAAAAAGCCUCAAAAAAUUAUCCACUGCUGAGUCAGAUAUACCCACAAUGGAUGAAUUGAUGCAGCCUAUUAGAGGGAAAACACCCAGUGAGCUUGACUAUGAUGUAAAUUCUUUAUGGUGCAUUAUCUUCCACCAGGAUCCUAAGGUUUGCAGGCACUGAAACUAUUCCAAAGCAAAGCAGAAAUGAUUAUACUGUACAACACAAAGAGAUGAGUGUUCUACAAAUGGAUUUCGAUAAAACAGAAACUGUGCUUCAACACGAUACUGAUUCUUUUAGAAGCGCAUCCGGAUUCCAUGUAGAUAGCAAUGCUCCUCAGUCCUUAAACAUGAGUGAUGCUGAACUCAAUAUGUUUUUGAAACUGCAGAACAUAGAGCAAAAAUUAAACUCAGAUCAAACACAUUCUAACAUUCUUAGAGAAGAGUUCUUAAAAAAAGAGGAAGAAUUUCUGGAGAAAAUAGAAGACUUAAAAACAAAAUAUGAGGUAGAUCUUCAGCACCGUAAACAGGAAAAUUAUAUCCUUCUAACAAAGUUACACGCUAUGGAAGAUAAAAACAUAAAAAGCAUAAAUAAGGUAAAUCUUGGUGACCCAAAGGAUCCUGUGACAGAUGAGAAGAUACAACAAAUACGCAAAGAAAUAGAGAAGCAGGAAAAACUCCUCCACGGUUAUCAGCAGGAGAAUGAAAGACUGUAUCAACAAGUCAAAGAGCUUCAAAUCAGAAAUAAGCAAAAUGAAGAAUUAAUGUUCCAAGAGAAUCAGUCAUUAAAAGCUAACCUUCUUUCUCUAAGAGAGCAGCUGAGUAAAGUCACAAUAAGCCACCAGCGUCCACAAGAUAAUUCUGAAAAAUGUAAUAGUCAGAGCUUUACAGACUUAUUGGUUGAACUGCGUACUGUCCAGAAGCGAGAAGCCAAUUUGCUUGAUGAGAUUUCCAGGCAGAAGCAAGACAAACAGGCUCUGGAAGUAGAUUUGAUGCAGAUGAGGAAGGAAAGAGACAAUGCGCCUGAUGUUUAUGUCAGUGGUGAUAAAUCUUAUGAAAUGAAAAUGAUGGAAGAAACCUAUAAACAGGAAAUAAAUGUCUUAAACAAGAAACUUAAGUGGUUUGCAGAGAGCCAGGAACUUUUGGACAAAGAUGCCUAUCGACUCAGAGAUGCCUAUGAACAAAUAGAGAUUCUAAAGAUGCAGGUUGAAAAACUUAAAAAUGAAACUGGAAAUCAGUCUGUACAGCAACAAAAGCGUGCAAAAGAAAGAGCUGCUGAUGCAAAGCACAUUCAAGAUCUUGAGCGACAGGUUAAGGAAAUGGAGGGAAUUAUUAAGCGAAGACACCCUAAUUCAAUCCUUGCUCUGACUUUUGCUGCUGCAGCUGCUCCUGAAUGUGAUGAUAAGGAUUCAGCCAAAAAAAAUACCAUUGCAUUUUUAGAAAGAAGAGUUAAAAAGUUAGAAACUGAUCUUGAAAGUAAAGACGAUGAAUCAAAGAAAAGUCUGCGCACCAUGGAACAGCAAUUCCAAAAAGUCAAGAUUCAGUAUGAAAGUAGAAUAAAAGAACUUGAAGAAUUGCUUACUCACAAACUUAUAAAUCCCCCUCAAAAACCAUUUGACAAUUCAACAAAAGCCCAAAAGUUUGAGGAUGAGCUGCUGAUAUGCAAAGAGACUCACCAAACAACAAUACAAAACCUUCAAAGGCAAAUAGAUUUGCACAGGAAAAAAAAUUUAGUUUUAGAAAACAAUGAAAGGAAGAAAGAAGCCAAUUUGUCUGACAUUGGUACUAAAGUAGAAGAGCAUUCUAAUAAAGAUCUGAUUGCAAAGCUCAGCCAAGAACUGAUUGCCAAACGUAUAGAGAUUCAAGACCUCACAAAAACUGUUGAAAGACUUCAGAAGGAAAGAAUGAUCAUGCUGUCUGUAAGGGCUUUGGCACACUUUUGUCGCGGGCGACUAAUCUCCCCGUGUGCCAGAGCCCUAAAGAACCCUUUAAUCAAAGCUGCUGAUAAGAAGAGUUCUCAAGCGAGAACUGAUAUCUCUGCCCUUGGUAAAAGAAGUAUUAGAGACAAUAUGAAUUUUCCUGGAACUUUAGAUGAGAAACAGUAUCAUCCAGGGACAUUUGCUGAUAUUCAUAUCUCUGAUGCACAAGCAGAAAAUACAGCAUUAAAAUGUGAAGUGGAAAGACUGUCUUUAAAGAUAAAUGAACAGAAGGAGACAUUUCAAACCUUGUUAUCUCAAGCAGAAAACACUAUAAAGAGAUUAAAAGAAGAAGGUUCAGAGCAAGCUUCUGCCCUGAAACUCUUACAUCAGAAAGAGGUAGAAAAACUUAUUUGUCAGCAUGCCAUUGACCAUUCAUCAUCUAAAGUUGCUGAAUUAAGCAGUAAAACAUCUACACAGGAGAUACUCAUAAAGCAUCUUCAAACACAAGUGAAGGAGCUGCAGAAGGAUAGAGAAUCACUUUCUGUUUACCGAAUACGAGAGGAAACUUUACAAAAAGAGGUGGUAAAACUCUUGGAGGAGUUAAAAGAAGCAAAAGAGCGUUACACUCCAGAAAUGAAAGACUUUUUAGCACUGGAACAUAAGAUAAAAUAUAUGGAAAAAAGACAUUUACAGAGGGAACAGGAGCUUCAACAGUAGCGCCAACUGCUGGUCAGUUUACGACAAGGUACUUGAGAAGACACAAACUCCUUGCAGAGAGUGCCCUGACUUGGAUUGAACUCAGGACCCCAGCGCUGCAAGGCAGAAGUGCUACCCACUGAGCCACUGUGCUGCCCGUUCUUAAAUAUUUAUUUAAAAAAAUUGAAAAUAAUAUUAAGUUAUAUGUUUUACCUGAAGAUUAGAUAUUUGCCAAGAUUAUUGCUGAGUUCUAAUAUAGCUGUAAGCUUGAAAAACUCAUGGAUUGUUUUUAAAUCAAUUUAAUAAAGUUUGAUUUUAUUUUUAA